AUGAGUUACGAUAACAGAGGCGAAAACAGAGGAUACAGAUCUCGCCAUGAAGGCGGUGGCAAUCGUUACAGAGGCGGUGGAGGUGGAGGAGGUGGACCCAACCGUUAUAGAGAUAACAGAAGAAGCAAUUACAACAACAAUAACAACAACAACAGCUAUCAACGUCGUCCCUAUGAUCGUCCUCCUCCUGAGAGCAAGGAUGAUGAGAUGGAGGACAUUGAGAUUCGUUUGAAAGGAUUGAUCAUCAAGAUUGGAGACAAGAUCACGCCUGAUUUACAAGUCAAUUUAACAAAGAUGAAGAACAUCUUGGACAACGAUUAUUCUAAAUAUCCCACCACUGUUCAAGACACUUUGAAAGCAUGUGUCACUGAACUUCCAGCCAAAGCACCUGUAUACGGUGCAUUGAUCGGUCUCCUCAACGCAUCCAACCACGAAGUUACUGAAAAACUGAUGGAGGAAUUUAACAAGACACUGGAACAAACGAUUGCAGAUACCAAUUGGUUCAAGUUGAAGCAGUUUUUGAGAUUUUAUGCUGAACUUGUCAACGCCAAUGUAAUUCUGCCCACAACUUUCUGCAACUUGCUCAACGACUUACUAGCAGUGAUGGAUCAACCUAAUCAACUGCGCCAACGCUUGGAUUGUGUGGUUUAUAUUAUUUUGGCAACCAUUCCUUGGUGUGGAACGGAACUGAGUGAGCGUUGUCCUGCCGAAUUGGAUCAGGUUUUCAAAAAGAUUGAAAUUUACAUGCAACGCAGAGGAGACGUGCCUGUAUUGGCCAUCUUGAAGCAGUACAACGGUAUUCAAUACGAUGCUGCAAAGGAGGAUCUUUUGGCACACAUCUGGACACUUGUUCAAGAUCUUCAAGGCAGAUCAUGGGAUUUGCCCUUCUUUCCCAAGCCAUACAGAUGGUUUGAUAAAGAAUUCACUGCAGCACUUCAACAUGAUGUUCCCAGAAUCACCGUACCCAAUCAUACUCCCAGCAUGAGCUACAUUGGCCCAGUAUCCACAAUGAAGCUGUUGGUAGAUGAACAAGGAUACUCACUGCCUAAUAUUCCCAACCACCAGAGCAUCGAAUACUUUAUUUUGCAAGAAAUUAUUUCUGACACCAUGAACCUGUUUGAGGUGAAUCGUAAAGACUGCGCUCGUUAUUUGUUGAGUAUCUCUACCAGCUUUGAUCCCAACUUUUUCAAAUCAUCACCACCUCCUCCUAUCAAUGCCGCGGACGAUAAAUCUGAUAUGGUCAAAGCAGAAUCCAUGGAUGAAGACACUGAUUCUGAAAAGUGGAAUUUGUCCGAUUUGUUAGUAGAGGCCAUCUUCUCGCAGAUGCUUCGUCUUCCUCUCCCUCCCGUUCGUCAAGUAUUCUACUCGUGCGUGUUCAUUGAGCUCUGCAGAGCAGAAAGUGGCACCUUCCCCAUGGCCUUAGGUAGAGGCAUCAAGACAUUGUUUGACCGUUUAGCUUACAUGGAUGUGGAAUGCAUUGCUCGUCUUUGGAGCUGGUUCUCUCAUCAUUUGAGUAACUUUGGUUUCCAAUGGGACUGGAAAGCCUGGUCCUCUGUUUUGACUCUGGACCCUAACCAUCCUCAAGUUUGCUUUAUCCGUGAGACACUUGAAAAGGAAAUUCGCCUUAGCUAUUAUGAACGUAUCAAGUCUAUCAUUCCUGACGAGUUCCAUGCAUUGGUGCCCUCUGCAGCACCCGCACCCAACUUUGCUUACAAGGAUAUCAAGGACCCGUUGCACGCUCAAGCCAAAGUGAUCAUCGAGAGUUUGCGUACCAAAAAGACGGCCGAUGAAGUGCGCACUCUUUUGGAUAAAUACAAGGAAGAAGUCAGAGCAACCGCAGGAACUGACGAACAAGAGCAAAACCAACGCGUGCGUGAGAUGUUUGUUCAAUGUUUGUUGCUGGUGGGAUCCAAGAGUUUCUCCCAUAUUCUGAACGUGGUGGAGAGAUAUCUGGAUGUGUUGCGAUUUGUGAAUGCUACACCUGAGGGCCGUCUCCAUACAGUGCAGAUUGUGGCAUCAUUUUGGGAGCAUAACACACAAUUCCUGGGCAUCUUGUUGGAUAAAUUGCUGAAUUACCGUGUGAUUGAUCCCGCAUCUGUCAUUAACUGGAUAUUCGAGCCAAACCAAUUGCAAUUUGUUGGAAGAGCAUUCAUUUGGGAGAUCUUGAAAAACACGCUAAGCAAAGUCAACUCGCGUGUGUUACAAGUCAAGGCAAAGCUUGAUAGCUUCCAGAGCCUCCAUUCAGCCAAUAAACUUAAACGUGCUGAAUCAGAGCAUAAUGAGUUGGCCGAAGCGGAGGAACAACAAGAGCUUGACUCUUUACGGAUCGUAGAAAACUCGCUUGCCUCUGUCUCCAGAGAGCAAAAAGAGGUUUUCAUGGCAGUCUAUCAGAAAUUUACGCAGGUGCUUCAGGAAUUGAUCCAGACACAUGCUGAACCAGAGUCAAAUUGGACGUAUAGAUGGGUAUUCGGAUGGUUUAGAGAGAUGCUUCGUGUGCAUUACAAAGAGUGCGGUGGUUUCAUGACGACCCUGGAAACCCUGGUAUUCACCUCUGGUUUGGAUCCUCGCGUCAAUGAUGUGUUUAUUCAAGUCAAGGCCUUGAAGGAAGAGGAUGAGUUGCUGGUUUAG